AUGGCGUUCUCCUUCUGGGGGGCGCGUCAGGCGGCCUUUCUCCGGGCUCCCGGCCGGUUUCUUCUCGGCGGUGCUCGGCUGUCCUCCGGAGAGCCGCCGCAAGAGGAGAACGUGAUCCAGAUCCCCCACGCUUGGCAGCGGCGGCUCCAACAGGUCGAGUCCAAAGCGGCGCGAAGAGCCCGCCUGGCAGAGGCCGCUGCCACUCCCAAUACUCGGGCCGGGAAGCUGCUGCUGCGGAGCCGGAGGCAGGAAUUGAGCCAAGGCACGGGGUACAGUGUAGGGCGCUGGCAGCGGCCGCACUUGGUCUCGGACGGCUGGAAACAUCGCUUGUCCCGGGGGGAUUAUUUCCAGCUGGAGAGGACGAGGCAGGAGCCGCCCCAGAAACGAGACGAAGCCGAUUCUUCCUCCUCUUUCCCGGAGCUGGGAGUGGAGCCGCAGGUAGCCUCCGCCUUACAAGAGGCUUUGGCUAUCUCUGAACCCACCGCAGUUCAAAAGCGGGCCAUCCCUGUCCUGCUGGGUGGGCGCAGCGCCUUGUGUGCUGCGGAGACAGGUAGCGGCAAGACCCUGGCCUAUCUGCUGCCCUUAAUCCAGCGGCUCUUCCUAGGACAGAGCAUAUUUGCAAGGCAUGCGUCCAUCGUCUCCCCCCGCGCUGUUGUAGUGCUGCCGUCGCGGGAGUUGGCGGGACAGGUCCGCAGUGUUGCCUUUUACCUGUGCGUGAGGUUGGGCUUGCACGUGAGAGAGAUUGGUGGAGGCCGGGGCAUAGGCACUGUCCGCCGGAAGCUGCAUUCCGGACCCACUGAUCUUCUGGUGGCCACGCCGGGUGCUCUGUGCAAGGCUCUGCGAAGGCGGAUGCUGUCCUUGGAGAAAUUGUGCUUCCUGGUGUUGGACGAAGUGGACACCUUACUGGAUCCCUCGUUUGUAGACCUGGUGGAAGACAUACUUCAGCAGACUCGCCUUGCCACAAGCAGUAAGGAAGUAAGGGAUGACUCGGAUCCAAAAACCCAGCUGGUGGCUAUGGGAGCCACCCUCCCAAAGGGGGUGGGCGAGCUGUUGAGCAAGGUCACCGACUUGAGCAGCUUCCGCAUCCUGACGAGCAGUUAUCUGCACUACCUCCAACCUCACGUUGAGCAAAAGUUCGUGCGCCUGAAGGGCAGCGACAAAGCGUCGGAGCUGCUGCAGCUCCUCAAAGAUCGAGGCCCCAACUCUGGAGCUGUUCUGAUUUUCUGCAAUGGCGCCAGCACCGUCAACUGGCUUGGUUAUAUCUUAGAUGACCACAAGGUGAAACACCUCCGCCUGCAGGGACAGAUGCCGGCAGCUAUGAGAGGCAGCAUCUUCACCCGCUUCCAGAAAGGACAGUUCGACAUCUUGGUAUGCACGGAUAUAGCCUCCCGGGGUCUGGACACCACGCAGGUGGAGCUAGUGGUCAACUAUGACUUCCCGCUGACAUUGCAUGACUACUUGCACCGGGUGGGGCGAGUGGGCCGCACAGGCAGCAAGUUUCCAGGGACUGUGGUCAGCUACGUCACCCACAAGUGGGAUGUAGACCUGGUCAAGAAAAUAGAAACGGCAGCUCGCAAAAGGGCUCCGCUGCCGGGCAUGGAGCCUCCGGUUAAGAAGCUGCUGUUUAAAAGAGACGUGAGCCCAACCGAAGACUUUGGGCCUAAAAUAGCAUUUGAAUAA